CCCGCGCCGCGCUAUCGGUGGCGCACCAUGGCGGACCAGAGCGCCGUCUGCAGCUUUGUGUUCAAGAAGCGGGUCCGAGCCGCGGGCAGCGGCCGGCGGAAACGGCCCGGCAGCGACCAGGAGAGGGAGAGCAGCGGGGACGAGGGCAGCACCGUGGUGCGGAAGGAGCGGCGGCGGGACACCCCCAACCCCAUGAUCCAGAAGACCAGGCGCUGCACGAGGGAGAGGCCGGAGUACGCGCCGAGCAGCAGCGAGGAUGAGGAUCCCACCAAGGACAUCGGGGUCACCUACAAAUCCACCAGGUCGGCGAAACCUGUUGGCCCAGAAGACAUGGGAGCCACAGCAGUGUAUGAACUGGACACGGAGAAGGAGAAGGACGCCCAGGCCAUCUUCGAGCGCAGCCAGAAAAUCCAGGAGGAGCUGAGAGGGAAGGAAGACGAUAAAAUUUACCGUGGCAUUAACAACUACCAGAAGUAUGUGAAGCCCAAGGACACGUCGAUGGGAAAUGCCUCUUCAGGAAUGGUCAGGAAAGGCCCCAUCCGUGCUCCGGAGCACCUGCGGGCCACGGUGCGCUGGGACUACCAGCCCGACAUCUGCAAGGACUACAAAGAGACCGGCUUCUGCGGCUUCGGGGACAGCUGCAAAUUCCUGCACGACCGCUCGGACUACAAGCACGGCUGGCAGAUCGAACGGGAGCUGGACGAGGGUCGCUACGGCGUCAACGAUGACGAAAACUACGAGGUGAGCAGCGAUGAGGAGGACAUGCCUUUCAAAUGCUUCAUCUGCAGAGGAUCCUUCAAGAACCCUGUGGUCACCAAGUGUCGGCACUACUUCUGUGAGAGCUGUGCCCUCCAGCACUAUCGCAAAUCCCAGCGCUGCUACGUCUGCGACAAGCAAACCAACGGGGUCUUCAACCCUGCCAAAGAGCUCAUGGCAAAAUUGGAAAAACACAAAGGGGAAGAAGAAGAGGAGCAACAGUCAGACCAUGAAGAGGACCCACAGUAGCAGAACAUUUUGUACAUAACCAAAUAAAGCUUUUGUAGGAGAACAAAAAAUACCAGAGCUGUAGCCAGGGCUUGUGUAUCCAACCAGGAGCUACCGAACGGUGCCCACCUGUGCUGGACUCCAUCUUUGCUGCCCUGUGGGGGCACAGGGCAGGACAGGUAAAGACUCAAGGGCUGUGAGCAAUCUGCUACCCCCAGGACACCCAAAGGCAGCUGGGGAAGGAGGGUGAACGUUCAGUAAUGUAAUUGCUGCUUCUGACCAUGGCGCUGCUGUUUCACUCCCUGCUGCUGUGUAAGCCUGGAACAAAGUUAAUUUAAGCCCCUGAACUUUGGGCAUGGAGCAAGCUGCAGGGAUGAGAAAUAAGAGCUUGCAUUAAGUUCAUGCUUCACCCUAAAAAUGCUAAUUCAUGGGAAAGCAAGCUGGAGCACUGCAGGUACUGGGCAUUUGUUCCCUCCUGUCUUGGUUCCUAGAAUUCAAGGUAGGGAUAGAACUUCAAUGGGCUACACACCUCUUGGAUCAGCCCUGUUGGUAAGAUUUCAUAACAAGCCAGGAAAUCAACAUCUUACUAACAGUAAGAUUGAAUCAGAAGCCAAACCUGAUCGUAGGGAGGAAGCAGAACUGAGCCUGACCUUAACAAACACCCCUGCAACUGGGAGAAUUUUACUGAAAACUUCCAGAAAAGAGCGAGUGCAGGUGUUUGCAGCUUGUUGCUUUAGCUGAAGUACAUUUCUGAAGCAUGAAUUGGUGAGCUGCAUGAAACUAAGGAGGUAAAAGCAAGCAUGCACAGCCAGCCUGUCCCCCUCUGCAAUUCACUCCAUCAUCCUGCACAGACAGCAGAUUUAAAAAACAACUUCAGAAAUAUU